AGAAAUAUAGAACAACAACAACAACAACAAGAAGAACACACGAAUAAGAAGAAAAAGAAGAAGAAGAAGAAGAAGAGAAGCUUAUGGCAGGAGGAGGAACAGAAGCGUUUCCUGAUCUUGGAGAGCAUUGCCAAGACCCUGAUUGCAAAUUACUCGAUUUUCUCCCUUUUACUUGCGACGGCUGCAAAUUGGUGUUUUGUUUGGAGCAUAGAUCAUACAAGUCACAUAACUGUCCGAAAUCCGAUCAUGGGAGCAGAACGGUUUCCAUCUGUGAAACAUGUUCAAUAGCGAUUGAAACAACUGGUUUUGAUGAAAAAGGAAUCAAAUCUUUGCUUGAGAAACACGAAAGAUCCGGAGAUUGUGAUCCAAACAAGAAAAAGAAACCAACGUGUCCUGUAAAACGUUGCAAAGAGAUUCUGACUUUUGCGAAUAACCUUACUUGCAAAUAUUGUGGAGUCAAGUUCUGUUUGAAACACCGGUUUCCGACAGAUCAUGUCUGUAACAAGAAGAUCAUUAAUACCGCGGGAACAAGCUCGAGGUGGAACGAGAGGUUUAUGGAAGCUUUGAGUUUAAGAAACCAGAAAGGGUGUGGAAGAGGGAGCUCUGUUUCAUCAAAAUCUUCACCAUCAGUUAGAUCGUUUUAGUUUCUUCUCUUGUAACAAUAGUUUGCAUCAACCAAUUCCUUCUUUAUGUUCUCAUGUAUUUUCCAUUGUUUGCAAGAAAGAAGAUUAAUAUUUUCAUGAGUAAUAUUUCGUAAGAGAAGGAAGAAGAAUGUUUUUAUUAAUAUUAACUUCAUUGGGAAGUUUCUUCUAAAUUUUUAGAUUCGGUUUUGGGUCCAAUUUUUUGGGUCGGUUCCAAUACUCAGUAAGAAGACUACUUAGAAAAUGUAAAUGUGGUGCAGUGUCUGUAAUCUAGAUUGCAUAUACAUUGAAGAACCCAAAGAUUGAAUUGUUGUUCGUAUGGCUUAAAUGAGCUAUGGUUGAAGAGAUGGAAGAGGUUGAGAGUGUUGUUUACAAGACACAAGUAGAUGUGUGAUCCUUAGAGAAAGGUUUAUAUGAUGUGGGAGCUGAGAUGGAGAGUCUAGCAGGUGAGACACGCACAUGUG